AUGGCCAAAAGCAAGAUGCCCCUCAUGCUCGGCUUUGCCGCAGCAGGCGCCGGUGGCUACUACCUCUACAGCGCCGGUGGUGACCCCGAAGCAGCCAAGAACCAAAUGAAGAGCAAGUCUCACAGCCACCACCAGUACACCAGCACUAACACCAUACCAGUCGACGCCGAGAAGGCCCGCGAGAAGCUGCCCACUUCAGACAGCGCCGAGAAAUACGGCAAAGACCUAGGCAAGGAGGCCGACGACGCAAUUGCUCGUGCUCGCGCCGAGGGCAAGAAGAUCCCCGAGUUCGCGCAGGAUGGCAAGGCCAAGUUCGAUGAGCUCCGGGGCGAUGCCAAGGACAAGUUCAGUGCGGGCCUGGACAAGAUUAACAGCGGGGUGGAUCAGGUGGAUCGCGAUGUCGAGAAGAAGGCUGCUGAGGCUAAGGGGACUGUCUCUGGUUGGUUUGGUAGUAAGAAAUAA